AGCAGGAACUCAAUGACUGAAAGUUGCGUCACGUGGCCUUUGUAUUUACAAACACUAACGUUAGUGCUUAUGAUGUUUCCGUGUAAGAAAAGAUAAAACGCUAAAAACACUCGUCUAAUGUGCCGGUUCAAUCACUGAACAUGGCACUGAAAGACACAAUCAUUCUGUGGAAUGACGGUGUAAAUCUAUAUCUUGAAGAGGAAUUUGAAGAAGCUAUUUCAAAAUUUAAACAAAUCGAGAAUCCGAAUGCUCGUGUUUUAUACAACGUCGCCUUUUCUUACCUCCAAUUGGACAGACUAGAUGAUGCAUUAAAGAAUCUGAAGGAAACAGUACAGAAAGAUCAGCACCUAGCCAUUGCCCAUUUCUGUUCAGGACUUGUAGAGGCCAAGCUUCGCAGGUACAGAGAGGCUAUAUCUGAUUUUGACAAAGCUGUGGAGAAAUUACGGUCAGCAACCUUCAUAGACUACACCCAGCUGGGGAUGGGAUAUAAGCUGAUGCUCUCAGAGAUAUGGGUUGCCAAGGCGACUGCCAUGACAAUGAUGGGACGGGGAGAGGAUGCUGAGGAGUUUCUGAUCGCUGCAAGUCAACAGGAAGAUGAUGAAACAACCAGAAAGAACUGUAUUCUUGGUCUACAAAAACUACAGGAAAGGAAGUCGGAUGUUACAGCAUUAAAGAGACGACUCUCUCUAAAAAGUCAGAAUUGGUUUCAUGGUCAGUUAUCGAGGCAGGAGGCAGAAGCUUUGCUGCGCAAUCAAGGGGAUUUCCUGGUCAGAGAGAGCCUGCGGAAAAAGACUAAUGAAAUCCAGUAUGUUUUGUCAGUUCUAUGGCAGAACAAUAGGCACAUUCUUAUCGUACAAGAUCAGGAGGGUUACUGGAAGUUUGAGGGCUUCUCUUUCCCUACCAUUCAAGAACUUGUAGAAUACCAACACAGCAGUGGUAAACCAGUGACCAAGCGGUCCGGGGCUCUCCUCAAAACCCCCAUCAGCCAAUCAAGACAACCAAAGAUGGCAGAGCAAGCACCAGAACUAAAUGAGUUGCCAGACUCCUGUAUAUUUCAUCCAUCAAAAGACCUGCUGAAGAAUGUAGAUAAAAGAAACUAUCUUGGAAAGGCUAAGGUGAUAUCCUCAUUGGGUCAAACCGUAAGGAGGAAAAAGAAAACUUAUGGAAGACCAGAGAAUGCUGAUGAGGAAAAUUUUGAGAGACCUGAUCAGGACAGUCCUCAGGGAUCCGGGGACACACUCCCAAAACCAAGGCCAAACAGGAAACCUCCAAAGUCUCCCCUCCCAACCCCCAAGCGGGAGUCGGAAGUCUCCACUGUGUCAUCCACCAGUCAGAACUCCACGGACUCCGUCGGAACAUUUUACUCACGCAGACCACCCCCAGCUCUGCCUAGAACUUUAAGUAGGUCAAUGGAGAAUCUGAGCAUUCAUGAUGAAUUUGCAGAAUAUGAAGAGGAACCGUUCUCCAAAUCUAAACCAGUCAUUCCUCCUAGGGGCAGGAUGUCUGCAGACUUGGAACACAUGUAUGUUAACACAAUGCAAACUCAGAAAUCUCCAGAUGCUAGUAAAUUGACAGGCAUUGCAUUCAACAAUGAAUUAUCUAGUGCAUUAAAUAGGAGACUAAAAAAUGGCAGCUCUAGUAGCUCUGGGGGCUCACCUCCACGCCGCCCGGCAGCCCCAACCAGACCCCCACCCCCGAGGAGAAACUGAAAGUAGGAGUGUGAACUUUAACUCCCCAGUGACGCAGCAAUUAUUAUGUCUCUAUGUCCAUGUUUGAUUAAGUCUAAAUUGGGUGCCAAUGUUUAGAUAAUUAGAUGCAUAAUUUGUUAGGAUUUUUACUUAUACUUUAUAAUUAUUGUCUCUGUUAUUUGGUUAAGUUUGUACACCUACAGUAUGUAUUGUUAAGAGUCCUGAUUUAUGACAAGGUUAUAUUUUGUUAUUUACAAUGUAAUAUGGAUUUGAAAUUCAUAUACCGGAUAUGCUACUUUGCAUUGUACUAUGCACCUUGUAUGUUCAAUGAACUGUAAAAAUUAGAAAGAAAGAUGAUUGAUUAUUAAUGAUUGUUUGAUUUUUUAUGUAUAUAUAUACCGGUAUUCAAUUUUUUAAAAAAUUCAGCCAUAUCACCCUUUCUUAUGUCAUUUGUAUACCUUGAAUUGUACCGGUAUACUUAGUCUAAUAUAUACUCAUUGACAUCCAAUCUACAACACUCAAGCUCUAAAAAAAUUUUAUGAAUUUAUAUUGUUUUCCAACUGGCAAUUACAUCUACACAUCUUUUCUUUUUUUUUAGAUUUAAUAGGUUUUAAAUUUAUAAGUCAGUUUUUAUUCAUAUUAUACAGAAAAUUCAUGUAUUCUUCUAGUCUGAGAUUGUACAUUUUUAAUUGAUAUUAUAUACAUGUAUGUGGGGUAAAAUAUUUUGUUA